AUGAAACAUCUUGUACUAUUAGUUGCGUUAUUAGUUGUUGCUGAACCGUAAGUAACCAUAAAAUAACAUUCGAAGCCUCAAAGACGUCUGCUUUGGGUAUUGCAAAGCUUACCAAAAAAACUCAAGGUCUCUUUUCAGCAACGCAAUCCGUCAAUUCCUAGACAGCAAAGAAGACGGUGGUGAAUUGUACGCGGUAUUGGUAGCUGGUGCUGCUGGUUUUAAGAACUUGUUCAGUGAAACAAACGUCUGUUUGGUUUAUCAUAUCCUAAGAAAGCACGGUGUCAAAGACGAGAAUAUCAUUACCUUUGCUGAGGAUCUGGCUGUUAAUGAUCCGAGGUGAGUUAAAUUAUUAUAAAUGAAACAUUAAAAUUAUAUGUAACCAAUUCUUAUAACUUUAUAAAAUUUGAUGCCAACAUUUCUAAACCAGUAAGUUUUAAGAAACCCAUGGCAAGGAGAGCUACGUCCACAACCAAAUGACACUGACGUUUACCCAGGUUGCAAGAUUACGUACAGAGAAAAAGACCUGUCGAUUGAAAAUUUUGAACGUGUUUUGCUAGGAAAUGACACUACUAAUGGACCAAUCUUACAAUCAACUUCAAAAGACCGUGUUUUCAUGUACCACACAAGUCACGGAAAUGAGUAUUCACUACAGUUUGGCAACGAUAGUCUAACCACUUCAAAACUGCAAGAAAUUCUAAGCUCUAUGCAAGAAAAGAAGAAGUAUAAGGAAAUGUUCUACCAAGUCGAAGCUUGUUAUUCUGGCUCCAUGUUCAGCGAUUGGCUGACUCCAGAAUACAAAAUCUUAGCCUUUACUGCCGCUUCUCCAACAGAAGAAGCCCAAGCUAUUGGUUAUUUUGCUAAUCAUCACUAUUUUUUGAUUUCUGCCAUGUAUUCAUGCCAUAUGCAACACUUUAUGGAACAAAAAGACUUGACCAUUCACGCUUUAAACGAGCAGUAUGAGUACAUAAAAAAUAAUUAUGAUUAUAGCACAGUUUCACGAUAUGGCAAUUUAGAAAUUGGAAAAGAGAAAGCUUCUGGUUACGAAGGCACAGUCGUUCAAGACUAUGGAAUCAUUGAGGUAUAGAUUAUUUUUAAAUAAUUAAAACUUCAUAUUGACGAUCAAGGUGCCUAAUCUUAUACUACACUUAAAUAAGUUAAAUAUAUGACAUGAAUUUUUGUAGUCCAACAACAAAAAUAAAAAUUUUUUAGCCAUACAGCUGUGAAAGUAACCCAUUAAUAAUGCAAGAAGCUGACUUGUACGCAUUGGAACACAAAAUUGCAGCCGCUGAGGCAAGCAGAGAUACAAAUACAUUUACACUACUGACUAAAGAAAUGCAGAAGCUACACGAUCUACGCCACAACACAAAUCGCAAAAUUGAGAGUUUUGUCAAUAAAGUAACGGCACAAGAUGGAUUUGAACUUUAUAACAGAGAACGAGCAACACUUUCUAACCUGGACUGUUAUGAACAACUUGGUCUAACCUUCCAUAAGCAUUGUUAUCCAGAACACCAGGUAAUGAAGUUUAUGCUUAACGUUUAUGCUUAA